UUUUUAUUCAUUUCUCUUAAACUUUUUCAAAAUCUUUCACUUCUAAAAUACUUUUAAAUUAUUCCUAAUUAUUUUUUAACCAUUUCUAGUGAUAUUUAUAUCUAUAUAUCAUAUUCAUCUUUUUUUAUAUAUCCCAAUAUUUUCAUAUGUAUAAAUAAGGAAACUCCCUACCUUUUUGGGAACACAAGUAGCAUUGGUAGAAUUCAAACUAAUAAGGGUUGGAGAACAUAUCAAUAUGAGAUCAAGCAUUAACACCCUAGAAAGCAUUAUUCGAGCCAAGGUCUAAGUCCAAGCUUGAUCGAGGCUAAGGUCUAAGUCUAGGUUCAAAUCAAGAUAAGGUCUAGGUGUAAGUCAAGUUAAGGUCCAAACCUAAGCGUUGCCAUGGUUCAAGCCUAAGCCCAAGCUACACCAUGGUCCAAACCCGGGUUUAGACCAUACAAAGGUCUAAUUUCAAGCCCAAAUCAAGUUUAGGUAGACACAAGCUAAGUUUCAAGAAGAAUUAAGAAUAGAAGUUGCACACUCAAUUUUACAAAUCAAUAAAAUUAAAUUUGUUCCUUCUUUUUUCCCAUUUUUUUAAAAAAGAAAUUUAUGGGUAGAACCUAACUUUCUUGGAAAAAAAAUAAAGGAAUAAUCCAAAUAAACAUUGGUGACAAACUCCACUGAAAAUAGCGUGUGCUUGGAUGGUAAGCUAAAAAGAAAUAGGGAAAGGGCAUGAACCCCAGCAAUAAGAGCAGAAAUCAGAGUCGGGUUGGUGAUAUAAACAGCCGCCUUGGCGUCAUAGCCUCUCACUUGUCUUCUGCCUACAUGGCUUCUGAGAAGGGGGCUGCUGUUGCAGCCACUCCCUCUGAUUCUCCAACCAUAUUUGACAAAAUCAUUAACAAGGAAAUUCCAGCAACCAUUGUUUAUGAGGAUGACAAGGUUCUUGCUUUUAGGGAUAUAGCUCCCCAAGCUCCUACACACAUUUUGCUUAUUCCCAAAGUUAAGGAUGGAUUAACUGGACUCUCUAAGGCUGAAGAGAGGCACUCUGUGAUUCUGGGCCACCUUCUUUAUACUGCCAAGCUCGUUGCUAAACAAGAAGGCCUUGAAGAUGGAUUCCGGAUUGUGAUCAAUGAUGGUCCCAGUGCAUGCCAAUCUGUUUAUCACAUUCACGUCCAUCUUCUAGGCGGACGACAGAUGAACUGGCCUCCCGGCUAAGCUGAAGCUAUCAUGGACGUGUCAUAUGGUAAGUCUUCCAAUAUGUCGGUGUCUAUGGAAAAUUAAAAUCAGUAUUGAAUAAAUUUGUCUUGGAAGUAGACCAUGUUCAAGAACCCUAAAUGCUUUGCCUCUAUGGAUUUUGAUGCUGAAGAAUGCCAAACUAUGAAAUGUAUCUUCAGUGUUUCUGCUGUUAUGGAAUAUCCAAAUUAGUUA